UGAAAUCCACAAGGUGUACCGUACAGAACUGCAUAUUGCAGAGAACAAUAUUCCAGAGAAAUUUAGAGAACUGCCUGCCAUGUAUUUUCUGAGAAAUAAAAAAGACAUGCUCAAUGAGCCUAAUGACAUGAAAGAAGCUAAUGAGCUCAUGCCAAUGUUCCUGGAAACGGGCAGUGUGGAUGGAGAUCUUCUGUUGAUGCUCAGAAAUGUGUUUUCAUUCGUGUUUAUACCAAUUCUUUCUGUCAGUCAACAAAAAAGUGAAGUGCUAAAAGCUGACAAUCUUUUGAGUGAGCAUCCUGGUAUAAGUGAAGUCGGGUUUGAAACGGAAGAGAACUUAAAGAAGACACAGGAGGCACAUAGUAGUCAUCUGAUACGGGAUGAGCUGUUAGUAAGCUCAUACAAGUUUUAUAGCCAUAUUGAACACACAGCUCAUCAACUUGAAGGUGAGAUAAAAUUACACAUUCCUGAUAUUAAUUUGGAUGCAGACAUAAGUCAAUUAGUGUCAAACCAAGCUUUGACUGAGACAUUGGAGCAGAGUAUUAUGAAUUGGCAAACGCAGAUAACUUCUGUCAUUGAGGAGGAGCAGAAAAAGAAGCCACAGGGCCAGGGUCCCUUGGCAGAGAUUGAAUACUGGCGAGAACGAGCAGCGACCCUCAGUGCUAUUAAUGAACAGUUGAAGCUACCGGUGGUAAAGAAAAUAUUGGAAGUUAUGGUACAUGCAGAUCCAGUGACAGUCCAGAAUUUUGACCUUACUGUAAAUGAGCUCAGCAAGUUCCAUGUGGAAGCUGUGGAUAAUGUCAAAUUUCUUGGAACACUAGAACGCCAUUUUAAGAACAUAGCUGCUGGAUCAGGAUUUAACAUCAUCCUUGAUACAAUUCCUCAAAUGAUGAAUGGGCUAAAAAUGGUGUGGAUCAUUUCUAGCCAUUACAAUAAAGAUGAGCGGAUGGUGCCUCUCAUGGAGCGAAUUGCAUGGGAGCUGUCAGAUCGAGUUUCCAGAGUAGUUGACAUCAGAACUUUGUUUAAAGAAAAAAGAGACGUUGCAAUGGCCAAGACUGUAGACAGUAAACACGUACUUGAGCAGUGGAAAGCCUCCUACUUUGAAGUUCGAGCAAAAAUCGAGACAUCAGGUAGAGAUCCACGGUGGGAAUUUGACAGGAAGAAACUGUUUGAGAAAACAGAUUAUAUGGCUUCAAUAUGCCAGGAUUUACAUGAUAUUCUUCAGAUUGUAGAAGAAUUCUAUAACAUUUUUGGGCCAGAACUAAAGGCAGUGACCGGUGAUCCAAAGAGAGUUGAUGAUGUUCUGGGUUGGGUUGACAGUCUGGUGAAGCCUAUUGAAGAAUUAACCUUUGACCCAUUUAACCAUCGCCAAGCAAGUUUAUGGAAAGCUGUCAUGGAACAUUUUAAAAAUGAAGUUAAGGAAAUCGAAGCAGAAGCCAUUAACUUCAUUGAUAUGUCGUUUAAGACACUCCGUUCUGCAGAAGCUGCUUUUGAUAUGCUUCUGAAGUUCAAACACAUCCGUUCACGGCAAGCUAUCAAUACACAAAUGAUGAAAAAGUUCAAUGACAUUUUAGCCCAAUACAUGAAAGAGGUUGAUAUCAUAAACAAACUGUUUGAGCAGAAUCUUAACAGUCCACCUCUCAAUAAGAAUCAGCCCCCAAUUGCUGGAGCGAUUGCCUGGGAGCGGACUCUCUUUCAUCGUAUAAAGCAUACCAUUGUUCGAUUUUUGGAAAUGGAUGAAAUGUUGGCUACAGACCAAGGCAAAGCAGCAAAGGCAAAAUACCUUGAAGUGGGCAGGCGGAUGAGGGAGUAUGAAGAGAAGCAGUAUGAGAAGUGGAGAGAUGCCACUGAGCAAGUCCUGCCUUCCCUUCUCAUGCAGAGCCUGCUGUCUAAACCUGGCUGUCCAGCAAAGAAUGCAGAAGUAUUAGAACCAGUUUCAAUUUUAGUGAACACAGAGACUGAUCAUAAGAACAUCCAAUAUUCAAUUAACUUUGCCCCAGAACUGAAAGAGAUCAUUUCAGAAACCAAGUAUAUGGAGCAGCUGGGCUUUUCAGUGCCAGAACUCGCAAGAAAUGUAGCUUUACAAGAAGACAAGUUCCUCAGAUACAUAGAUGGUUUGCAACACAUGCUGAAUAAAUAUCAUGGCCUUAUAAACUUAAUUAAUGAUGCAGAAAUCGAACUUCUGGAUGAACACAUUCAAGAAGUUCACAGGGUUCUCCGGUCAGGAUAUAGGAGGCUGAAUUGGAACUCGUUAGGUAUUUCUAAUUAUAUUGACCGCUGCAUGCAAGCAAUUGCAAAACUUGAAUCGCUAGUAAACCAAGUUAAAAAGAAUGCACAAGACAUAGAAAGCAAGUUGCUGUCUAUUGAAUCUGCAAACCUCUUCAAAUUCCCAGUGAUCCAUAAUGGAGGCAGCUUACCAGGAGUGAAAGAAUUUUAUGAGUACAUUGAAAGACAAAGGGCAAAGGAUGUGAUUUUCUUGUGCCGAAAAUAUAAUGCAAUUGGCCCACUUCUGACCAAAGUAGAAAGCUUAGUGGUUCAUACAAGUACUGGCAAAGCACCAAACAUGGCACAUUACUAUGCAUAUUGGGAGCGCAGAGUGUACAACGCCCUUACCACAAUGGUCCUGAAUAAUUUACAUUCCUUUAGUGCGGCUUUGGUGGGAAAAGCUCCACUCUUCCAAGUUGACACCAUUUUGUCUGCUCCUGAGAUAGUUUUACAUCCUAACGCCAAUGAAAUCUAUAAGCUCACUAUACAGUGUUUCAGGGACUGCUUGGAAACUGCUAAGUCCUUUGUCAGGUGGAUACAUGGAACCUGCGUUGAGUGUCCUCCACAGGAUGUACCAGGACAAGAUGAGAAGUUUGUUUUCAGCUUCUUCCAUGACAUAGCCCUGCUCCCCCAGAUCAAAGAUGAAGCUGUUGCCCUUUCCCAGAGUAUCCACAAGGUGCUGAUGUCAAUUACUAGGUACUUGAAUCGGUGGAAGAGGUACAGGCCUCUGUGGAAAGUGGACAAAGCGAUUACCAUGGAAAAGUUUGCUGCAAAGAAGCCACCCUGUGUAUCAUAUGAUGAGAAAUUUCAGUUUUACACCAAAAUAACCCAAGAAGUUGCACAGCAGCCUCUAACCCGGGUGGAAUUGUGCAUUCAGCUAAAUUUAGAGCCUCUUGCCCUUACAAUCCAGGAAAAUGCAAAAGCAUGGGUGAUCUCUCUCGGAAAACUAUUAAACGAGUCUGCUAAAGAGGAGCUCUUUAAUCUCAAAGAGGAACUGCAGCAAUUAUCAGAUAACCUGAAGAAAAGCCCAGAGAAUCUUGAAGAUUUGAAAUUUGUAUUGGCAACAAUAGCUAAUAUCCGAGACAUGUCUUUAGUUGUGGAUUUACGGAUUGAAGAUAUUCAAGAAAGAUAUAGAACUCUUAUAAUGUACAAUAUACAAGUAGAUGAAGAAGAAAGAGUGCUUGAGGCUGGCAUACGACAGAUUUGGGAGGAUCUCUUUCUUGAGUCACGACUUGUUGAUCAUAGUCUGGGCAAAGUAAAGAAGACAUUUACUCAGAUUACUAAAGAUCAGAUUGAUCAGUUUAAAAAACAGCUUUCUGUCUUUGCCGAGAGUUUUCAAAAUCAAGGUCCUGGAGCGGUGGGAGAUGACCUUGACAAAGGUUUGGAGAUACUUGGUGUUUAUGAAGAAUUGUUGUCCCAAAAUGAGAGAGAGCGCCAGGAGCUGGCCAAUGCUGAGAAACUCUUUGACCUUCCUAUUACAAUGUAUCCUGACCUGAUGCAAGUUCAGAAGGAGAUGAGGGGCCUGAGGCAAAUUUAUGAAAUCUACAAAGCUCAGAAGGCUGCAAAAACAAAGUGGUCUCAGACACUGUGGGCAAAUCUUAAUGUGUCGUUACUUCAGGAAGGCAUUGAAGGAUUUAUUAAAAACCUUAAAAAGCUACCCAGAGAUGUGCGCAACCUGCCAGUAGCUCAUGUUCUGAAUUCCAAAAUGAAAGAAUUUAAAGAUUCAAUUCCACUACUUCUUUAUUUGAAGAAUGAAGCUUUAAGAGAAAGGCACUGGAAGGAACUUAUGAUAAGAACUGGAACCAGCUUUGACAUGAACCCUGAUACUUUCACUCUAGAGAAUAUGUUUGCUAUGGAGCUUCACAAGUAUGGCAAUGUCAUAUCGGAAAUUGUGACGUCUGCAGUAAAAGAACUUGGCAUUGAAAAGGGCGUGAAAGAAGUUCUGGAAACCUGGGACAACAUGAAGUUUGCCAUCCUGAGAUAUUUUAAAGGUACCCAAGAGAGGGGCUACAUUUUGGGAUCAGUGGAUGAAAUCCUUCAGAUCCUGGAUGACAAUGCCAUGAAUCUCCAGAGCAUGUCGGGAAGCAGAUUUGUUGGUCCUUUUCUGUCAACUGUUCAAGAAUGUGAGAAGACCCUGUCCCUUAUAAGUGAAGUCAUUGGGGUAUGGAUGGUAGUCCAGCGGAAGUGGAUGUAUUUGGAGAGCAUCUUUAUAGGUGGUGAUAUUCGAUCACAGCUUCCAGAAGAAGCCAAAAAAUUUGACAACAUUGACAAAAUAUUUAAGAAGAUAAUGACAGAUUCUCUAAAGGAACCUCUAAUUAAGAAAUGUUGCCAAGCUCCAAAUCGUCUGUCUGACCUGGAGAAUUUGAGUGAUGGAUUGGAGAAGUGUCAGAAGAGUCUUAACGACUAUCUGGAUUCCAAAAGAAAUGCUUUUCCACGGUUCUUCUUCAUAUCUGAUGAUGAGUUGCUUAGCAUUUUGGGAAGCAGUGAUCCAGGCUGUGUUCAAGAGCACAUGAUAAAGAUGUAUGACAACAUCGCUUCACUCGAAUUCCAAGAGGGCAAUUCAGGAGAAACUAUAGUAACAGCUAUGGUGUCAGCUGAAGGAGAAAAGAUGACACUGAGGCAAGCUAUCCCUGCUGAGGGAAGAGUGGAAGACUGGAUGACAGCAGUUUUACAUGAAAUGAGAAGAACCAACCGACUUAUUACAAAGGAAGCUAUUUUCAGAUACUGUGAAGACAGAAGUAGAGUGGACUGGAUGCUGCUGUUUCAAGGUAUGGUAGUGCUGGCUUCCACGCAGGUCUGGUGGACUUGGGAAGUUGAAGAUGUCUUUGCAAAAGUCAAGAAGGGAGAAAAGCAAGCUUUGAAGAACUAUGCCAAAAAAAUGCACCAGCAAAUUGACGGUCUUGUGACCAGAAUCACACAGCCCUUGAGCAAGAAUGACCGCAAAAAGUACAACACAGUACUCAUCAUUGAUGUGCAUGCCCGAGAUAUUGUUGACAAAUUUGUAAUGGAUAGUAUAAUGGAUGCACGUGAAUUUGAAUGGGAGAGCCAGCUUCGAUUUUAUUGGCUAAAGAAAGAUGACGAUCUUUUUGUACGCCAGUGUACCGGCACCUUUUCAUAUGGGUACGAGUACAUGGGUCUUAAUGGUCGCCUGGUCAUCACUCCCUUGACUGACAGAAUAUAUUUGACACUCACACAGGCACUGUCCAUGUACUUGGGUGGUGCUCCAGCAGGACCCGCUGGUACGGGCAAAACCGAAACAACGAAAGACCUGGCAAAAGCUCUAGGACUCCUGUGUGUGGUUACAAACUGUGGCGAGGGCAUGGAUUACAAAGCAGUUGGUAAAAUUUUCUCCGGCUUAGCCCAGUGUGGUGCAUGGGGCUGUUUUGAUGAAUUUAACAGAAUUGAUGCUUCGGUGUUGUCUGUAAUUUCUUCACAAAUUCAGACAAUCCGGAACGCACUUAUUCUUCAUCUGAAGAGAUUUCAGUUUGAAGGGCAGGAGAUCGCAAUGGAUGACCGAAUGGGCAUUUUUAUUACUAUGAACCCAGGGUAUGCGGGCCGCACAGAGCUGCCAGAGUCGGUGAAGGCUCUCUUUAGACCUGUUGUGGUGAUUGUGCCCGAUUUGCAGCAGAUCUGUGAAAUCAUGCUUUUUUCAGAAGGAUUUCUUUUGGCAAAGAUUCUUGCUAAAAAAAUGACUGUCCUGUACAAACUGGCAAAGGAACAGCUUUCCAAGCAACAUCAUUAUGACUUCGGACUUCGUGCACUGAAAUCUGUUUUGGUAAUGGCCGGAGAGCUGAAGAGAGGAUCUCCUGAUUUAAAAGAGGACAAAGUUUUAAUGAGAGCUUUGCGAGAUAUGAAUCUUCCCAAGUUUGUAUUUGAAGAUGUGCCUUUAUUCCUUGGGCUCAUCACAGAUCUGUUCCCUGGCCUAGACUGCCCCCGUGUCAGCUACCCCAAUUUCAAUGAAAAGGUGGAGACGUCAUUAUCUGAGAAUGGUUAUGUACUGCUUCCUGUGCAGGUGGACAAAGUGGUUCAAAUGUACGAGACAAUGAUGACACGUCAUACUACCAUGGUAGUUGGUCCAACAGGUGGUGGUAAAUCUGUGGUUAUUAAUACCUUGUGCCAGGCACAGACUAGGCUUGGUUUGGUGACAAAGCUGUACACACUUAAUCCAAAAGCAAUGAGUGUGAUCGAGUUAUAUGGCAUACUGGAUCCAACCACACGAGACUGGACUGACGGAAUCCUGUCUAAUAUAUUCAGAGACAUCAAUAAGCCAACCGAUAAGAUGGAAAGGCGGUAUAUUUUAUUUGAUGGCGAUGUUGAUGCACUGUGGGUUGAAAAUAUGAAUUCGGUAAUGGAUGAUAACAAACUGCUGACACUUGCUAAUGGAGAACGAAUCCGCCUGCAGACGCACUGUGCUUUACUAUUUGAGGUCGGUGAUCUUCAGUAUGCAUCUCCUGCUACAGUCUCACGUUGUGGAAUGGUCUACGUGGAUCCAAAAAACUUGGGAUAUAAACCUUAUUGGCAGAAAUGGGCACGAAAAAAACCUGAAAAGGAUCAAACGGAGCUAAAUCGACUGUUUGACAAGUACGUCCCCGAUACAGUGGCAAUGAUCGUGGAAGGGAUUGUGGACGGCAGGCAGGGAGAAAAGCUGAAGACGAUAGUUCCCCAAACUGAUUUGAAUAUGGUGGUGCAGCUGAGUAUGAUGCUUGAUGCCCUACUGGAAAAUGAUGAGAUUGAACCAGACGUCCUAGAGUGCUAUUUCCUCGAAGCUCUGUAUUGUUCAUUGGGUGGUACUCUACUAGAACAAGGAAAAAUUAAAUUUGAUGAGUGCAUCAAGAAGCUGGCAUCUAUGUCAACUGUCUAUGAUGCAAAAACUCUUGCUGGGCCCGGAGAACUUCCUGGGCAACUGCCUUCACUAUACGAUUUUCACUUUGAUGGUGAACUGAAAAAGUGGGUGCCAUGGAGUAAAUUAGUGGCUACAUAUGUUCACAACCCAGAAGUCAGCUUUAUUGACAUUCUUGUGCCCACUAUUGACACGACUCGCACCAAUUGGUUGUUAGAGCAAAUGGUCAAAAUCAAGAGACCAGUUAUUCUAGUUGGAGACUCUGGUACAUCCAAAACUGCCACAACUCAGAACUUCUUGAAAAAUCUCAAUCCUGACAGCACUAUGGUAUUAACAAUCAAUUUCUCAUCCCGGACAACUUCAAUGGAUCUUCAAAGAAACUUGGAGGCCAAUGUGGAGAAGAGAAGUAAAGAUACUUACGGCCCCCCAAUGGGAAAGCGGCUCUUAGUGUUCAUGGAUGACCUUAACAUGCCCAAGGUUGAUGAAUAUGGCACACAACAGCCUAUAGCACUCUUGAAACUGCUUCUUGAAAAAGGCGGAAUGUAUGACCGUGGAAAAGAGUUAAAUUACAAAAUUCUCAGAGACUUGGGUUUUGUGGCCGCGAUGGGAAAGGCAGGAGGGGGUCGCAAUGAAGUGGACCCCAGAUUUAUAUCCCUUUUCACUGUAUUUAAUGUCCCUUUCCCUGCAGAAGAAUCCUUGCACUUAAUAUACUCCUCAAUUCUUAAAGGACACACCAGGCCAUUUGAGGAAGACAUUCAAGGCAUUUGUGACAAAAUUACUUUCAGCACCUUGGAGCUUUAUAAAAACAUAAUCCGCGACCUGCCGCCCACCCCCUCCAAAUUCCACUACAUUUUUAACUUGAGAGACCUUUCAAGAGUUUAUAACGGACUCAUCCUAACCACCCCAGAGAGAUUUCUGACUGUUGCUCAGUUUGUGAGAGUGUGGAGAAAUGAAUGUCUCCGAGUGUUUCAUGAUAGACUUAUUAAUGAAACCGACAAAACAUUGGUCCAGACCCAUAUUAAAAACUUAAUCGAAGAACAUUUUAAAUCUGAGUUGGAGUCCGCUAUCCGCGAUCCUAUUCUUUUUGGAGACUACAGGACGGCGUUGAAUGAUGCAGAGCCCCGAGUAUAUGAAGACAUUCAAGACUACGAUGCAUCCAAGGCUCUGUUUCAGGAAAUUUUGGAGGAGUAUAAUGAAACAAAAUCACGCAUGAACCUGGUUUUGUUUGACGACGCCCUGGAGCACUUGACCCGGGUUCACAGGAUUAUCAGGAUGAAUCGAGGACAUGCUCUGCUCAUAGGUGUCGGUGGAUCAGGGAAGCAAUCGUUAACUAAACUUGCAGCCUUUGCAGCAGGAUGUGAGGUGUUUGAAAUCACUCUGAGUCGUGGAUAUGGGGAAAGCAACUUCCGUGAAGAUCUCAAAACACUCUACCUAAAACUUGGAAUUGAGAACAAGAAAGUGGUAUUCAUGUUUACUGAUGCGCACGUGUCAGAAGAAGGCUUCCUGGAGCUGAUUAAUAACAUGCUAACAUCAGGCAUGGUCCCAGCUCUUUUUCCAGAUGAUGAAAAAGAAUCCAUUCUUGGACAAAUUCGUGAUGAAGCAGCAAAACUUGGGUUUGGACCUGCCAAAGAAAGUGUCUGGCAGUAUUUUGUUAACAAGAGUGCUAACAAUCUUCACAUCGUCUUGGGAAUGUCUCCUGUAGGAGAGACCCUCAGAACGCGGUGCAGGAAUUUUCCAGGACUGGUGAAUAACACUGGAAUUGACUGGUUCCUGCCUUGGCCUCCACAAGCUUUGCAAGCAGUUGCCCAAUCUUUCCUUGGGGAGAAUCCAAUGAUACCAUCUCAACACACUGAAGCGGUGACUGGUCACGUCUGCAUGAUCCACGAGUCAGUUGGAGAAUUUAGCAAAAUAUUUCACCAGAAACUGAGACGCAGCAACUAUGUGACACCAAAAAAUUACUUAGAUUUUAUUAGUACAUAUUGCAAGCUGCUGGAGGAAAAAGACAAUUUCAUCUUGGCACAAUGCAAACGUCUGGAAGGAGGCCUGGAUAAACUGAAGGAGGCGAGUGUGCAGUUGGAGGAGCUCAAUUUGAAGCUGGCUGAACAGAAAGUCGUUUUAGCUGAACAGACCGUAGCUUGUGAUGCUCUGCUGGAGACCAUAAGUGUUAGCACAGCCAUCGCCAAGGAGAAGGAGAAACUAGCUGUGGAGAAAGCAGCAGAAAUCGAGGAGCAGAACAAAGUGAUAGCGGUGGAGCGAGAAGAUGCCGAGAGCUCUCUGGCUGAAGCUAUACCUGCGCUGGAGGGGGCUAGAGUGGCCCUGCAAGACCUGGACAAAUCUGAUGUCACUGAGAUCAGGUCUUUUGCAAAACCACCCAAACAAGUUCAAGUGGUAUGCGAGUGCGUUCUUGUCAUGAGGGGAUAUAAAGACAUCUCUUGGAAGUCUGCUAAAGGGAUGAUGUCUGAGGCAAAUUUCCUGCGAACUCUGAUGGAGAUGGACUGUGAUGCAAUCUCCAUAAAUCAAGUAAAAACUGUAAAAGGAUUUUUGAAGAAUCUGAACACAUCACUUGAAGAAAUGCAAGCAAUUAGCAAAGCCGGGUCAGGAAUGUUAAAAUUUGUAGAGGCAGUGAUGGACUAUUGUGAUGUGGCCAGAGAAGUAAAACCCAAGCGAGAAAAGGUUGCUAGACUGGUAAAGAACUUCAACCAGAGUAUGCGUGAACUAGAAAAGAUUCAGAAUGAGCUUUCUGCUAUUCAGAAUGAAUUAAAAGGGCUUACAGAACAGUAUGAGCAAGCCAGCAGAGAGCAACAUCAGCUGCAGGAGAAAGCAGAGAUCAUGGAGAGGAGGCUGAUUGCAGCAGAUAAACUUAUAUCAGGCCUGGGCUCUGAAAAUGUUAGAUGGACCAAUGACCUUGAAGAGCUGAAGCAGAGGAGGGUGAGACUGCUUGGGGACUGCUUGAUCUGCUCUGCGUUCCUGAGCUACGAGGGCGCCUUUAACUGGGAGUUUCGAAAUGAAAUGGUGUAUCAGGUGUGGCUACAGGACGUCAUGGACAGGGAGAUACCUGUCAGCAAGCCGUUCCGCAUAGAGAACCUUCUCACUGAUGAUGUAGAGAUCAGCAGGUGGGGAUCAGAAGGACUUCCUCCGGACGAGCUCUCUGUUCAGAAUGGGAUUCUCACCACGAGAGCCAGCCGUUUCCCUCUUUGUAUUGAUCCACAACAGCAGGCCUUGAAUUGGAUCAAGAAAAAAGAAGAAAAGAACAACCUUAAGAUCUCCUCUUUUAAUGAUCCAGAUUUCCUUAAGCAAUUAGAAAUGGCUAUAAAAUACGGAUUCCCUUUCCUUUUCCAAGACGUUGAUGAAUACAUUGAUCCAGUGAUCGAUAAUGUUCUGGAAAAGAACAUUAAAGGUCCCGAGGGGCAGCAGACUAUUCUGCUAGGGGACAAGGAAAUUGAUUAUGAUCCUAACUUUAAACUGUACCUCAACACCAAACUGGCAAAUCCAAAAUUUUCUCCAUCUGUGUUUGGAAAAGCAAUGGUCAUUAACUACACAGUUACUCUGAAGGGUCUGGAAGACCAGCUCCUGAGCGUUAUUGUAGGAUUUGAAAGGAAAGAGCUGGAAGAGCAGAGAGAGAGCCUCAUUCAGGAGUCGAGUGAAAACAAGAAGCUGUUGAAGGAUCUGGAAGACUCUCUGCUGAGGGAGCUGGCCACGUCCACCGGCAACAUGCUGGACAAUGUCGAGCUAGUCCACACUUUGGAGGAAACCAAGUCCAAAGCGACAGAGGUAUUUGAGAAGAUAAAACUGGCAGAAAAAACAGCGGUGGACAUCGACAGACUCCGUGAUGGCUACAGGCCUGCCGCCAAGAGGGGUGCGAUUUUAUUCUUUGUCCUGGCAGAAAUGGCGCUGGUCAACACGAUGUAUCAGUACUCGCUGGCUUCCUUCCUGGAGGUGUUUGAUUUUUCUUUGCGUAAAUCACUUCCUGACUCAAUUCUACAGAAGAGACUAAAAAACAUCAUGGAUACUUUAACACACAAUGUCUACAACUACGGUUGCACAGGUUUGUUUGAGAAGCACAAACUGCUCUUUUCUUUUAACAUGACCAUAAAGAUCGAACAGGCAGAGAAAAGAGUUCCUCAAGAAGAGCUCGACUUCUUUCUUAAGGGAAACCUGUCCCUAGAGAAGAGUAAACGCAAAAAGCCCAGCUCUUGGUUACCGGAUCAGGGCUGGGAGGACAUUAUCCGUCUGGCUGAGCUAUUCCCAGGGAUAUUUGGCAGUCUGCCUGAUGAUGUAGAGAAACGCGAAGCAGAAUGGAAGCCGUGGUAUGAUCUCAACUGCCCUGAGCAAGUGGAAUUUCCAUUAAAAUAUAAGGACAUUCUGACGGACUUCCAGAAACUGCUGCUUCUCCGCUGCUUCCGUGUGGAUCGGGUGUAUCGGGCUGUAACAGACUACGUCACGCUGACCAUGGGAGAAAAAUAUGUUCAGCCUCCAGUCAUCAGCUUUGAUGCCAUCUUUGAGCAGAGCAGUCCCAACUCUCCCAUUGUGUUUAUUCUGAGCCCUGGCUCCGAUCCAGCCGGAGACCUCAUGAAGUUGGCAGAAAGGACCGAAUUUGGGGCAAGCCGGCUGAAAUUUCUGGCCAUGGGACAAGGACAGGAAAAGGUGGCUCUGCAGCUACUCGAUACCGCAGUGGCUCGUGGUCAGUGGCUUAUGCUACAGAACUGCCACUUACUAGUGAAGUGGCUCAAAGAGCUCGAGAAGGCCCUGGAAAGGGUCAGCAGGCCCCAUCCUGAUUUUCGACUGUGGCUGACAACUGAUCCAAUCAAAGGCUUCCCAGUUGGAAUACUCCAAAAAUCUCUGAAGGUUGUGACAGAGCCCCCCAAUGGCCUGAAACUAAACAUGAGGUCAACCUACUUCAAGAUCUCGUAUGAAGCGCUGGAGGACUGCCCCCACCCUGCGUUUAAGCCGCUGGUCUAUGUUUUGGCCUUCUUCCAUGCAGUCGUACAGGAGAGGAGAAAAUACGGCAAGAUUGGCUGGAAUGUUCCCUAUGAUUUCAACGAGUCGGACUUUCUGGUGUCCAUGGAAAUCCUAAACACGUACCUGACCAAGGCCUUCAAACAGGGCGACAAUAAGAUACCGUGGGGGAGUCUGAAGUACCUGAUAGGAGAGGUGAUGUAUGGAGGUCGCGCCAUUGACAGCUUUGACAGAAGAAUUUUGAAUACCUUCAUGGAUGAAUAUUUGGGAGAUUUCAUAUUCGACACCUUCCAGCCCUUCCACUUCUUUAAAAACAAGGAGGUCGAUUACAAAAUCCCAGACUAUGGGCCUAAGGAUGUGUACAUAGAUGAAAUCGAGUCUCUCCCGCUUGCCAACACACCACAGGUACUUGGACUUCACCCCAAUGCUGAAAUUGGCUAUUACACGCAGGCCGCAAAAGACAUGUGGAAUCACCUGAUUGAGCUGCAGCCUCAGACAGGAGAGUCUGGUACGGGGAUUAGCCGGGAUGACUACAUCGGCCAGGUGGCUAAGGACAUCUUGAACAAGCUGCCCAAGGUGUUCAACCUCGAUGUGAUUCGCAAGAAACUGGGCCUAGACAUCUCGCCCACGACUGUAGUGCUGCUGCAAGAACUCGAACGCUUCAACCGUCUCAUUGUGCGCAUGAGGAAGUCCCUGGUGGAGCUACAGAGGGCUCUGGCAGGAGAGGUUGGCAUGAGCAAUGAGCUGGACGAAGUGGCUCGCGCUCUCUUUAAUGGACAGAUCCCUCAGAUCUGGAGGAAGCUGGCUCCAGACACCCUCAAGUCUUUGGGCAACUGGAUGAUUCACUUCAAGAGAAGAUUUGACCAGUACAGCUCCUGGGUUGAUGAAGGAGAACCCAACGUGAUUUGGCUGUCCGGAUUACACAUUCCCGAGUCCUACCUGACAGCUCUAGUGCAGGCCACGUGUCGGAAGAACGGCUGGCCUCUUGAUCGAUCCACCCUGUACACUCAGGUCACCAGUUAUCGAACAGCAGAAGAGGUGACUGAACGGCCCACUCAAGGAUGCUUUGUUUCGGGCCUUUAUCUCGAAGGAGCAGACUGGGACAUUGAAAAAGGAUGUCUUGUGAAGAGCAGACCCAAAGUGCUGGUGGUGGAACUUCCCAUCCUUAACGUUGUUCCCAUUGAGGCCCACCGGCUGAGACUCCAGAAUACGCUAAGGACGCCCGUCUACACGACCUCCAUGAGGAGAAAUGCCAUGGGCGUUGGCCUGGUGUUCGAGUCUGACCUUUUCACAAAGCAGCACAACUCCCACUGGGUAUUGCAAGGAGUCUGCCUCACGCUCAACUCAGACUGAAGCCUCUGGACGCUCUGUGUACGUACUGCAUUUAUGUACAUAUGUCAGUUCAACUCACAUCAUGGUGCUAUAUUUUGUUUAUUAUAAUAUUUUAUUAAAGAUGAGUCACUUAUUUUUAAA